CUCCCUCCAGUUGUACUCUGGACACGUGUUUACAUUUCCGACAAGCAUGUAAAGAUUGUAGCAAAACUACCUACAUGAUACUUCGCUACAUUUGUAGCCUACUGUCAUGGCUGAUGCGUUCAGUAGCAGCUCGGAGACUGUGAUUCAGCGUGUGGUCGACGUUAGCCUGAAGGAAAACACCCCUGCUGAAAAACUCACCGAGUUGUAUCAGAUCACGAGGACAUGCGCCUUCAUCAGCGAGCAUCACUUUGGAAAGGUUGCUCUGCAGUUUCCCGAUGAGCUGCUGGUCGACUCGGCCGCUGUGGCUGCGGAGAUUGAGAGAAACAGUCGAGCCAAAACGUUUAUUUUGGGAGACACCUCCUAUGGCAGCUGCUGUGUUGACGAGGUAGCAGCAGAACACGUCGGCGCCGACUGCAUUGUUCACUACGGCAACGCCUGCCUCAGCCCGUCCAAACGACUUCCUGUCAUGUACGUCUUUGAGAGACGGACCAUGGAUGUGGAGAAGUGCGCCGCCUCUUUCAGGGACCUUUACGCGGACACACAGAUGCACAUCCUCCUCCUUUAUGACGUCAACUACGAUCACGCUAUUGGUGAUCUUCAGACGCUCCUCUCACCAGAGUAUCCAAACCUUGUAGUCACUGAGCUUGUUGUUGAAGGGGAAAACUGUUACAGUCAUGGACGGAUCGAUAAAGAAACCCGUCCAUCUGAGGAUGACAACAGCCAGACCAUUUGUCAAUUCGGACGACGGUUCUCCUUAAAAAGUGGCUCAUCUCUAACGGAUUACCGUAUGUUCUACGUAGGCCAGGAGGGAGCCACGUUACGAAACUUCAUGAUGACCUGGAAUUGCUGCUCGUUUUGUUCUUUCGAUCCUGUCUCAAUGACGGGAAGGCUGGAGUCUGUGAACGUCAACCGUGCUCUCAUGAAACGCUACUAUGCCAUCGAAAGGGCCAAAGACGCUAACGUGGUCGGCAUCCUCGUCGGCACCCUGGGCGUGGCCGACUACCUCGCCAUCAUCCAGCAACUCAAAGAGACUCUUCGCAGAGCCGGCAAGAAGAGCUACAUGUUCGCCAUGGGGAAGCUCAACGUUCCCAAACUAGCGAACUUUCUGGAGAUCGACAUCUUCGUGCUAAUCGCGUGUCCCGAGAACUCGCUGCUGGACUCCAGCGAGUUCUACAAGCCUGUGGUGACGCCGUUCGAGAUGGAGGUGGCUUGCAACAGGAAGAGGGAGUGGUCCGAGGAAUACGUCACAGAUUUUCGACAUCUUCUUCCAGGUGGACAGAGUCACGUGCCGAUGGCCGAUCAGCAGGAAGGCGACGACGAAACCGACGUGUCGUUGAUAACCGGAGCGCUGCGGAGUCGGAACCUGCCGAGCGGCGAGCCCGCGGACUCCUCCUUCGGGUCCUCUGUGGUGCUGAGGAACCAGACUACGACUGUGGCCGACGCGAACUCAGCAGCGUCUUUCCUGGCGGGUCGAAGCUGGCGAGGCCUGGAGCAGAAGCUGGGGGAAACUCCUGUAGUAAAGGCAGUGCAGGGCAGGAGAGGCAUAGCUAUCGCCUACGAAGACGAAGGAGCGCCUUGAUGAUGCCACAAUUUAUUCAUUUUCGAAUGGACUCCGUAUAAAUUUAUGGAAUUAUAUCACUAGAAGCUAAAUGUUUGUCAUUUUUCUGAAAUACCACCCGGCAUCACUUUAUAUUUCAGUAAUAUUUAAUGAAUACCUGAAUGUAACACGACUCAAGUCACUGAUUAUAAUUAUUUCUUAUUUUCUGCCUUGUGUACAAUAAAAAAAAA